AUGCCCGGGGAGGCUGCCCGUGCCGAGCUGCUGUUGCCUGAGGCGGGCGGACCCGGGCCCCGCACAGAUCUUUCAUGCGAUGCAGCAGCUGCCACCAUCCCAAGAGGGGACCGGCGGGAGCCCGUCCUGACCCCAGGGCCCAGCCCCCUGGCCCUCACCUUCCUGCCCAGCAAGCCGGGCACCCGGCCCCAGCCCGAGGGGGCCAGCUGGGAUGCCGGGCCCCACGGGGCCCCCUCAGCCUGGGCGGACCCGGCUGAGGGCGGCCCGAGCCCAGCGCUCCUCCCCGAGGGCCUGCCCCCCCAGGCUCUGUCCUCCGAGGCUCCUCUCCCAGGCACCCUGGAGCCCCGGAUUGUGAUGGGCGAGGAGACGUGCCAGGCCCUCCUGUCACCCAGGGCUGCCCAGCCAGCGCUCAGGGACUGGGAGGGUGGUGGGCCAGCAAGCCUGAACCCGCCCCCCGAGUCAUGUUCUCAGGAUGAUCCUUCUGUGCCUUCCCCUCCCCCAGACCCCGAUUCCUACUUCACGCCCCCCUCCACCCCCACCAAGACCACCUAUGGCCUGCUCCCUGGCCGAGGGCCCCACAGGGACACCUGGGACUCAGAGGCGGAGCUGCUGGAAGAGCUGCUGGACUCACCCCCAGCCUCGCCCUCGGGCUCCUACAUCACGGCUGAUGGGGACAGCUGGGCCUCAUCACCCUCCUGUUCCCUCAGCCUGCUGGCCGCCGCUGAAGGGCUGGACUUCCCCUCGGGCUGGGGCCUCUCCCCUACGGGGUCCGUGAUGGACGAACGAGAGCUGCACCCCGCCGGGCCCCCGGGGCCCCCAUCCUCCGAGUCCAGCCUCUCAGUAGACAGUGAUUCCUCCUGGGGCCAGGAGGGCCACUUCUUCGACCUAGACUUCCUGGCCAAUGACCCAAUGAUCCCUGCAGCCCUCCUGCCCUUCCAGGGCAGCCUCAUCUUCCAGGUGGAAGCAGUGGAGGUGACGCCACUGCCUGCAGAAGAGGAGGAAGAAGAGGAGGAGGAGGUCGCGGCUCCCGACCCAGCUGGAGACCUGGCCGGGGAGGGUGAGGAGGACACGACGUCCGCCUCCUUCCUGCAGUCCCUGUCUGACCUGUCCAUCAUGGAGGGCAUGGACGAAGCCUUUGCCUUUCGAGAUGACACCUCCGGGGCCUGCUCGGACUCGGACUCGGACUCGACCUCCUACGCAGGGGCGGACGACGAGAGGCUGUACAGCGGGGAGCCGCACGCCCAGCCCACCGCCCUGCCCCCCGACGGCACGCAGAAGGAGGGCGGAGGUGGGGCCGAGGGGCCGCAGGCUCAGGAGGAGGCCACACUCCGUGACCCAGAGGCUGCUCCUCAGGUCUCAGGGGAAGAGGCCCAUCUCUCCCAAAGCCAGGAGUCCAUUUUGGAAACCUCAGAAGAGGGCCUCGUCGUGGGCCAGGAGUCUGCUGCCACUGUGAGCCCUCACACUCUGCAGGCAGCCCCAGGCCUCCAGGUGGAGGCGGCUACCAGGGUGACCCCGCAGGCUGGGGAGGAAGAAGCAGACUCCACCACUGGACAGGCACCCGCUGCCGGGGCAAUGCCUCAGCCCUCCUGGGAGGGCAUAAGCGCUGCCUUACAGCAGGGGCCUGUCCCUGCAGAAACACCUGCGACUCCGCAGGAAGAAGCAAGCCUCACAUUGUGCCCAGACCCUCCUCAGAACUUGAAGGGAGAAGGAGGGCCAGGCCUCCCCUCAGGCCCAAAGCCUGUGACUGCAGCCACGCCCAUGCCCCCGCAGGCUGAAGAAGGUCUUCCCUUACACCAGGACUGUGCUAUGGCAGCACCUCUGCCUCUCCCAGAUGAAGGCCUCCCCUCAGGCCCAAAGCCUGUGACUGCAGCCACACCCAUGCCCCCGCAGGCUGAAGAAGGUCUUCCCUUACACCAGGACUGCGCUAUGGCAGCACCUCUGCCUCUCCCAGAUGAAGGCCCCCCCUCAGGCCAGGAGCCUGUAGCUGCGGGCACCCCUCAGGCCCUGCAAGCAGCAGCAGGCUGUGCCCCAGAGACGGAGCCCAUGGCCUCCAUGGCCCAGGAAGAAGUAGGUGUGGCACUAGGACUGAGGCCAGCACCUGAUGAGAAGGAUGCAGCCCUCCCUAGAGGCGUGGAGCCUCCAGCCUUGGACCAGGUCCAACAGGAUGACCCAGAGCCAGCUGCAGAAGCAGAGGCCCCUGGAGCCGCACAUGAAGAUGCAUGUCCCACCUUGGGCACGGAGGUCCCUGAUGCUCCCGAGCCUGUCUCUGGUGCUGGGGAGGAAUUAGCCGAAGGCCUUCCUGUGCCCGAGUGGGAGGCGUGUCUGGAAGCCCGAGUGCAGACUGGUGAUGGAGCUGAGCCCCACUCAGCUCCAAAGGAGGCCCUGGGGGCUGAGAACCAGAGGGAAGGGGGCCCUGAGCCACCGGCACAGGGACAUGGGCCCGGGGAAGUACCCCAAGGUGCAGGGGAAGCUCCCGAGGCACAUCCUGCUGCCUGCCCUGAGGCCGACCAGGCACCACCCCUGAGCCCAGCCAGGGAGGGAAGGGGUCCAGAGCCCACUCCUGGACCCAGGCUUCCUACAGCUGCAGCUGCAGAGGCUGGUCUGGGCUCCUGCCCAGAGUCUCCAGCAGGGACUCCAGCAGGGACUGCGUCUGGGCCGGACAGAGGCUGUCCUGAAGAGCCUGCCCAUAUGUCCAUACCACCUUCCCAGCAGCUGGAGCCUGCUCUGGGCCUGGGCAGCGGCGAGCAGCUCCAGGCAGCAUCCAGGGCCGUCAGCCCCUCCUCGCCAGAGCCCCCAGAAAGCCCUGCCAGGGGCCUGCCCAGUGCACCCCAGGACAGGCUCCCGGGCCCUGACACCUCUACUCCUGGCGUCCUUGCCAGGGCAUCCCCACCCCCACUGGAGCCCCCUGCCCCCUGCCUGUGCCAGGACCCCCAGGAAGACUCCAUGGAGGACGAGGAGCCCCCAGGUUCUCCAGGCCUCCCACCGCCCCAGGCAGGAGCCCAGCCAGCGGCUGCUGCUGUCUCAGGAACCUCACAGCCUCCAGGGACUGGGCAGCGGGUCAGCCUCUCGCCCCACUCUCCCCUCCUCAGCCCCAGGGCAGCCCCCACAGAAGCCAAAGACCUGGCCUUGCGGAUCUUGCCCCCCUGCCAAGUGCCUCCGUGCUCUGGGCCCCGGAGCCCAGCUGACCCUCAAGAGCUCCCAGCCUCUGAGCAGCAAGAGGACGAGGACAGCCUGGAGGAAGACUCACCUCAGGCCCUGGGCUCAGGCCAGCACUCAGACAGCCACGGGGAGUCAUCAGCAGAGCUGGACGAGCAGGACAUCUCGGCACCUCAGACCACGCAGUGCCCAGCCCAGGCCCCGACAGGCAGCAGCGAGGAGACCAUCGCCAAAGCCAAGCAGAGUCGCAGUGAGAAGAAGGCCCGAAAGGCAAUGUCGAAGCUGGGCUUGCGGCAGAUUCAAGGAGUCACCAGGAUCACCAUCCAGAAGUCCAAGAACAUCCUCUUUGUCAUCGCCAAGCCUGACGUCUUCAAGAGCCCGGCCUCGGACACUUAUGUGGUCUUCGGUGAGGCCAAGAUUGAGGACUUGUCCCAGCAAGUGCACAAAGCUGCGGCCGAGAAGUUCAAGGUGCCAUCAGAGCCCUCGGCCCUGGUCCCUGAGUCAGCACCCAGGCCCCGGGUGAGGCCAGAGUGUGAGGAGGAAGAAGAGGAGGAGGAUGAGGAGGUGGACGAGGCAGGGCUGGAGCUGCGUGACAUCGAGCUGGUGAUGGCCCAAGCCAAUGUGUCCAGGGCCAAGGCUGUGCGGGCCCUGAGAGACAACCACAGUGACAUCGUCAAUGCCAUCAUGGAACUGACCAUGUAGCUGCUGACCUCAAGCUGGGUCCAUCCUGC